AGCAGGCUUUGAGCUGAGUUCAAAGGCCCAACGUGUGUAUGUUCAAAGAACACGUCUGAGGCAAGCCCAGAUUAGGUCAGAAAGACUGAAAAAUGUGUCUUCGUGCAGACGGCCUUUUGGAGUUUGUUUCAUUCAUUUAUUCAUUCUCGCUUCAUUCAUGGGCUUGUGUUCACACAGAAACACACAAUCAAAGAGCACCGGAGAGUCAACAAAAGAAUGCAGCUGCCACGGGCCAAGGGAUGAGCUGGGGUCUUCCUUCCCAAUGGCAUCUCCCCCUGGUCUGGAACUGAAGACACUGAGCAAUGGUCCCCAUAUCUCCAGGAGACCAGCCCCUCUGGGCCCAGUGGCCCCAGCCAGGGAGGGCGUGGAGAAUGCCUGUUUCUUCUCUGAGGAGUAUGAAACUCAUCACCAGACUCUUGGGGAUGCUAGACUGGGUAGUCCCCCCAGCCCACUGGGGGGUGUCCCUUCACUGUCCCGGUCCCAGCGUGACGACCUGUCCCUGCGUUCAGAGGAAGGGCCAGGCAUGGAGCCUGUGAGCCGCCCGGUGGAUUACGGCUUUGUUACUGCUCUGGUUUUCCUAGUGAGCGGGAUCCUCCUGGUGGUGACAGCGUAUGCCAUCCCCCGCGAGGCCCGCGUCAACCCGGACACAGUGACAGCAAGGGAGAUGGAACGCCUGGAGAUGUACUACGCGCGCCUGGGCUCCCACCUGGACAAGUGCAUCAUCGCGGGCCUGGGGCUGCUCACAGUGGGUGGCAUGCUCUUGUCCGUGCUACUCAUGGUUUCUCUGUGCAAGGGCGAGCUCUACCGCCGGCGGACCUUCGUCCCCAGCAGGGGCCCCAGGAAGACCUAUGGCUCCAUUAACCUGCGAAUGAGGCAGCUUACUGGAGAUGGGGGCCAGGUCUUAGUGGAGAAUGAGGUUGUCCAGGCCUCUGACGUCAGCCACACCGCCCAGGGCUCUUAAGUAAGAGUCCUUGCUACCUGGCUGCUUUAGCUUCAGGGCUUGAAGGGCUUUGAAGCUCCAAAAGCCUUGGGCUUCCAACUGAGCUUCACAUGGGGCCAUGUGGUGGGAGCCUUGGUGCUGGAGGGCAACCUGGGGCCUGGCACAGGUCCGACUCAGGCAAGCAUGGCUGAUCUGUUUCGCAGCUUGAAGUUUUUUUUGCAUAAAAUUUUCUUUGGAGGAUGGCUUCUGCUGCUAAAAAAUACAAAGUUUGGAAACCA